AGGGGGGGAGUAAGUUUUUAAAAAAAUUUUUGAGAAAAUAUGGCCGUUUAAUAAUAAUUUAGCAAUGAAGUUUGCUCGGAUUUUCACGACAGCUGUAUGCAAUACCUUCCCAGCGUUACGUUUAAGAGAAAACGAUGCAAGCCAGGAAAUUUCAUGUGUUAGGUCGAAGUGUGGGGACAUGUUAAUUUGGCUUCUCGAAGAAGCUUGUGAAAAUUUUUGUCAAAACAAACUUGCUGUAAGUUUAUCUUCCAGCCAAGCUGUUAUAGAUUUAUCUUGGGAGAAAAUAAACACUGGUUAUUGGAAAGAUGUUGAUAUAUCAUGGAGAAAAUUAUACUCCUUUGCAACGGUUGUUAAGGCUUUGGCACAUUUUAAAAUGGAUAAUUUGAAAGAAGCAAUCAAGGUAUGUGAUAUGGGCCUGUUGCUUGGUUGCCCUAUUUUAGAUAAUAUUUUGACAAAAAUUGUUUGCUUCGUUCAAAAAGAAAUGUGCGAAGCUCAAAAACUCAACAAAAGGCAAGAAAAAAUUAGUAUUGCAGAAGGAAACUUGCCAGCAUUCCAGCAAUCAACUUUACUUGGAGAGAAAUAUUCAUCACUUGAGAGUAAACAAGUUAAACUGAGUGAUAAUGGCAAGCAAAAUAUUGAACAGAAGUUUUGUCCAAGUCUGAGUACAUUUCAAAAUGAAUUUAUGGACAGUCAAGUUCCUGUUGUAAUACAAGGAGUAAUGGAUCAUUGGCCAGCAAGAAGUUCCCGACCAUGGAGUUUCAAUUAUCUUCAAGAAAUUGCUGGUAAUAGGACUGUGCCAGUUGAGAUUGGAUCACAUUAUACUGAUGAAUCAUGGUCACAAAAACUGAUAACCAUUAAUGAGUUUGUCAGCAGGUGCCAAACCAAUUGCAAUAAUGAUAUGAGCAAAAUCACAUAUUUGGCUCAGCAUCAGUUAUUUGAUCAAAUUCCAGAACUUGCAAAAGACAUUGCUAUACCAGAUUAUUGUUGCCUUGGUGACAAUGAUGAUGUGAUUAUUAAUGCAUGGUUUGGCCCAGGAGGAACAGUAUCACCAUUACAUCAUGAUCCAUACCAUAAUUUACUAGCUCAGGUUGUUGGUAAGAAAUACAUCCGGAUAUAUUCAACGGCAGAAACCGAUAAACUGUAUCCCCAUGACUCAUUUUUGUUGUCAAACACAAGUCAGGUUGAUAUUGAGAAUCCUGAUUUAGAAAAAUAUCCCUUGUUUGAGACUGCUGACUAUAAAGAGUGCAUACUCAAGGCAGGGGAAAUGUUGUAUAUUCCCAAGAAACAUUGGCAUUUUGUUAAAUCAUUAUCAGUCAGUUUUUCUGUUAGUUUUUGGUGGUAAUACUGACUUCACAAAGUCAUGCAGGAUAGUGCGUUGUGCUGCUUGCUAGUGUUAUGUAAUAUUUCAAAACUUUUAGAAUUUUCUCUCCAACCUAAAAAUUAUUAUGCAACUAAUUGAUUUCAAAUAUAUUGUCUAAAUAUUUCAAAUAUCCAAUGUAUUUUGUAAAAUAAAUGUAUUAUAGACAGAAAUAAUGUCCAUCAAAUGAAUAUACACCUUACUAUUUC